UUGUUUAUAUUAAAAUGCAACACUGUGUCAACCACUUAAUCAUUUUGAAGAUUACGACUUUCGAACAACACCUAUUUGUCAUUGCUAGAUUGGUCAUUUAUUUUUAUAUGAGAAUUGUUUAAAAACUCAUAUAAAUAAAUAAUUUAUUUUAGAAUGACAUCAUAUGUGCGAGCAAUGUACGAUUUCUCUGGUGAGCCAGGCUCAUCGGAGAUUUCAAUAAAAAUUGGUGAAAUCCUGGCAGUGACUCGAACAGACGUGGGAGAGGGUUGGUGGGAGGGGAAGAAUGGUGAAGGAAAGGUUGGUCUUUUUCCAGCGGCAUAUGUGGAGGUGAUGUCGGCCGCAGAAGCGCAGAAACACAAUCCCCAAACUAGUGCUAGUAGCCCUGUAGCAGUGCCUGCUGCGACCACAACUGACGCAUCGAAUCGAUAUGAUCAAACUGCUGAUGAAUAUGACGACUGGGAAGAUGAUUGGGAUGAUGACAACGAAACGUAUUCGGAAAUAGGUCCCAGUGGUGGGGCAAAAACAAGUAAUCACGCAGGACACGGUAAUGCACUCACACAUUCCGCUAGCAGUUAUGAUAAUAAAAAUCUGCCAGCCGCACCAAUGGACGACACUAUCUCAUUAGCAUCUACAGCUGCGCCGAACAACACAGCAACUUUAAAAAAGUCUGGUAUGUUCGGUAAAAGUUCGGAUUCAUAUAUAUUGGGAUUGGGAAAUAAGGAAAAGCUUUCUGAACAUGAAAUUGUGCAUAUUGCAUAUGUGGAAAAUUUUUGUUAUUGGCAAACCAACCAUCAACGUUACACUGUAAUAGUGGCCAGUCCGAAAAAAGAGUCAAAAUUUAAAGGAAUGAAGACUUUUAUUGCCUACCAGCUGACACCGAGCUUUAACAAUAUAUCUGUAUCAAGAAGAUACAAGCAUUUUGAUUGGUUACACGAACGUUUGGUGGAGAAAUUUUGCCUCAUUCCCAUACCACCGUUGCCCGAUAAGCAAAUUUCCGGACGUUACGAAGAACAAUUUGUGGAGCAUCGACGGGUUCAAUUGCAAGAAUUUGUUGAUUGGGUUUGUCGUCAUCCGGUACUAUCACAAUGCGAAGUGUGGCAUCAUUUCUUGACCUGCAACGAUGACAAGAUGUGGAAAUCAGGCAAAAGGAAAGCCGAACGUGACACAUAUGUGGGAGUAUCUUAUUGUUGGGCCAUAUCACCGCCGGAAAAGACAUUGUUGCCAUCGCUUGUAGAUGCUCAAAUGGAAAGUUGUUCACAAUUCACGCAUGCAAUGGAUAUUUCGGUACGAAAUCUCUUAGCAUUAUCCAAUGACACGGCGAAACGUUAUCAAACACAAUGUAAAAAAGAAUUCCAACGUAUUGGUGAUGGCAUGUCGGACUUGGCAAAGGCCUUAAAUAUAGACGAGCGUCGUGCACCCUCAAAAACAACACCGCUAUCGGAAAGUGUUGGUCGAGUUGGUGGUAUUUUCAUCGGUAUUGGGCAGCUAUUUGGUGACCAGCCUAAAUUGGACUGGAUACCAUUUUCGGACCGUUUGCAUAUCUACAGAGGCGUCCUCAACAGUUUUCCCGACAUUCUUUCAACACACAAGGGUGCAAUGCAAAAACGCAAAGAAUGCGAACGUUUAACCUCUGAGCAAAAGAUGAGCAAUGCACAAAUGACCGAUGUGAAUCGUCGCACCGAUGUUAUUUCCUAUGCUGUAAUGGCUGAAAUGUCGCAUUUUAAAGAAGAACGUGAUACACAUAUGAAACAGGCGCUUAAAUCAUUUAUAGAAGAGCAAAUUAAGUUCUAUUCAAAUGUGGUUAAUAGGCUACAAGAAGCUUAUCGCCAGUUUGAAUAAAUUCGCUAAUUACAAACAUUGAUCCCUAAGCCAUGGCCGCUUUUAUACCACUGCUUUAGUGUAUAGUUGUGUGUGAGUGUGAGGUCACGACAAUAGAAACAAUAAAGAAGCAGCACAGCACAACAGAAUAUCCAAAACAAGUUUCAUAUCUUCAUCAAAUUCUAAUUGCUUCGGCCAAAACGUCAGUGCCCAAGCUGCAAAGCGUCAAAUGUUUGUGCUAUUUUAUGUGGCGAAUGAAAACUAAAAUAAAUAAUUAUGGCACUACUAACAGAUAAAUCAUAAGCAUUAAUAAAUUUCCUAUGCAUAACGAUGAGUUUAAUAUUUUUUAUAUAGAUACAUACAUACCUAUAUAAAAACGAAAUUAUUGAGAAUUGUAACGAAAAUGUGAUUAUGUGCAUGUAUUCAAAAUAUUCAAUAGUGCAAUCUUUUGAUGUAGAAUUAUGUAUAGCAAUUUAAUUUCAUACAUGCAUUUACAACUUGGGUACUUUUGUUCUUGUACGACUCAAUCAAUUGUAUUUGUUUCAUAUAGUAUUUUAUAUAUUGUGAAUAUUACCUAAUUUGAGCGUACUACUAAAGUGUUAAAUAUUAUAUAUUUUAUAUGCAAAUAUACAAGUAUACACAAAAACAAAAA